GCAUCGAUAUCGGCGCUGUGAGGCUCCCGUGAGACUCCUCGCGCGCUGCCCCAGUCUCGCUGCGUUGCCACCUCGCGCGCGCCGGCCGAAACCCCUCAAAAACACGCGCCAGCCCGCGCUGCACACGGCGCUGCAAGGGAGCCCCAUGCUGCGGAGCAUGGACGCUAGGCGAAACAGCUGUAGCUACAGCGACGACGACUUCGAGAAGGACGAGGAUGAUUCGGGGUGGACUCGUAUUAGUAUCAAGGACAUCGACAUGGGUAGGGAAAUAGGGGGCGGCGGCGUCGCGUUGGUCUACGAGGGCUACUUUCGCAACGAACCGGUCGCCCUCAAGACGCUCUUCGAUCCGAAGGUCGACGCCGCUCUCCAGAAGGAGUAUCUGGACGAGCUGCUGGUGAUGGCGUCGCUGAAACACAAAAAUGUCGUCCGUUUUAUCGGGGGCUGCGUGGACCCCCCAGAUCUGUUCUUCGUCAUGGAGCGCUGCGAGUGCUCGCUGCAUCGCGUCAUCCACGGGUCCAAGUCCGAGAAUGUGGCACCGGAGAAGCUGUCGUUGGCAGACAAGUUGACUGCGUGUCGCGACGUCGCCGAAGGCAUGGCGUACUUGCACAGUAAACAUCUCAUCCACCGGGACUUAAAAACGGCGAAUGUACUAAGGUGUUCCGGUACGUAUAAACUGUGCGAUUUCGGUUUAGUUAGAUGCUCAAAUGUGGGAGCAGGAACGCCGUCCUAUAUGGCUCCCGAAUUGUUGUUGGGGCAAGCGUUCAAUCGAAAAGUUGAUGUGUAUGCCUUUGGGGUGUUGCUGGGUGAAGUUAUGACGGGUGAGGUGCCCUUCCUGGGCUAUGACUACGCUGACUUAAAAAGGAAGGUGCCUCGCGGCGAGCGGCCGUCUUUGCCGAGGUACGACUGCCCCGAGUCAAUAAAACGGCUGGUCGAGGACUGCUGGCACACUUCGGACAAGAACCGCCCUGAUUUCGACGACGUCGUCUAUGACCUCGAUCGGGUCGAGGCGCCGACGACGUCCCAUACGGACGUCCUGUCCUCCCUAGAGUUCGGGGGCGGCGACUGCCUGGACAUGCUCAUGACGCAUAAAUAAGUUUUAUUUAUUUC